GAAGUUGUUUGGGAUUCCCAGGUAAAAAAAAAAAAAAAAAAAAAAUUCCCGGAGAUGCUGUCGUCGCCUGGGAAAACAAACAGCUAUCCAGACAAUUAAAGAGGAAAUCACCGAUCGGUCGCCAGGUAAGAAGGAGGCUCGCGGACUUCACCGCGCGGCGUUGGUGAGCCCAUCCGACGGGUUUUGAUGUGAAAGUACGGCAUCUGGUGAGAAUGAAUGCUGACGACUGCAAUGGAUGCUCAUAUGCACAAGGUAAUGAAGAAGGAGAGUCAUCCACAGAACAGGAUUUCUAUGGCGGGUUGCAGGGCCCUCCGGCAGGUUCCCCAAACAGUCAGCAGUCCACGCCACACCGCUCCCAUAGUGCAAGCUCCAUCAAGGUUGAGCUGUGCAGCGAGGACGAAUCGCCGGGCGCUCCACGGCCAGAGAACAGAGAGGCUGUGAGCGACGACAGCAGGAGGGAUGACAUGGGUGAUCCCAUGGAGGAAGGGAGCACCGAUUACGCUGGCGUUGGAAUAGACGGAGGGGGCACUUAUAACGAGAUGGCCAGUCCAAACUCUGCUUCCCCGGGACCUCUGCGCCUGCCCAACGGGAAGCUGCAGUGCGAGGUGUGCGGCAUGAUCUGCAUCGGGCCCAACGUGCUGAUGGUGCACAAGCGUAGCCACACAGGCGAGAGGCCGUUCCAGUGUAACCAGUGUGGAGCUUCCUUCACCCAGAAGGGGAACUUAUUGCGCCAUAUCAAGUUGCAUUCGGGAGAGAAGCCUUUCAAAUGUCCCGUUUGCAACUACGCCUGUCGGCGGAGAGAUGCCCUGGCUGGACAUCUACGCACGCAUGCAGGUUCCUCUCCAACGGUGGGAAAACCUUUCAAGUGCAGCUAUUGUAGUCGAAGCUAUAAACAACAGAGCACACUGGAGGAACAUCUGGAGCGCUGCCACAGCUAUUUGAAGAGUCUGGACCACCAGACAGCCGUCAUCGCGCAGUCCGGACAUGGUGAAGAGUCAGCAAAUAUGGAGAUGAUCACAAAACCUUUGCUGCAGCCGUCCAAUGAGAAGAUCCAGUCUGCGGAUAGACUGGCCAUCAGCAUCACCAAGCGCAAGAGGUCCACACCACAGAAGUUUUUAGGUGAGAAGCACAUGCGCCGGGACCUACCCGAAGCACCUUACGAAUUGUCCUCCGGCUCAGAGAAGGAGUCGGACCUCAUGAGCUCUCAGCCUGCUGCCGACUCAGCUCGGUUGGUCGUUCCGCUUCUCCAAGGCAGCAGGGGUAAAAGGGAGAACUACGGGCCGCCUUCGCCGCCUCAGCUCCGUCCCGCCUUCCUGACGGAGCUGCGCACGGCCAUGGCCUCCGUCGACAGCAACUUGACUCCUCUGGGCCCCCAAGCCCUCGGCGGCGGCAGCGGGGGCGGGCCGGCAGCGGCGUCCCUGGGCCCGGCAGGGCAGCAGCAGCAGGCCCGAAGGCACAUCACCUCGCCCAACGGCCGCCCCGGCUCCACGGACACAGAGAGCGCAGCAGAGGAGCAGAGCACAAGGGCCGCGGCCCCGACGAUUACCUCCAACAACAACAACCACCACCACCUCCACCACCACCACCCGACCCCAGCACUGCCCCGCGGCCGCUCCGCUUCCAGCCCCAGGCAGGCCAAAGACUUGGACCCGGAGUGGGAGAGAGCGCGUCCCGCGCCGCCCCCCACAGCGAAGAGGAGCCCCGUCGCCGUCCUGUCCUCCAUGGAAAUAGUGCAGGUGCUGGACAGGGACGGGCGGCCCGUGCGCUCCUUCCACUGUCGGCACUGCCGCGUCCUCUUCCUGGACCACGUCAUGUUCACCAUCCACAUGGGCUGCCACGGCUUCCGGCAACCCUUCGAGUGCAACAUCUGCGGCCACCGCAGCCAGGACCGCUACGAGUUCUCGUCUCACAUCAGCCGCGGAGAGCAUCAGGUGGGCUGAGGAGAGGGGGGG